AGUGGAAGGUGUUAUAUUUUUGUAGCACAUACGGAAUAAAUCAUCCUAACCAGCCACUGAGCUUAGACGUGCUCCUAUGCGCUCACAUACUGCUCGCAAGCCAUGAACAAGUUUAUCCAAACGACGCCGACAGUGGGCUGUGGUCAACAGCUUUUCCAUUCGAUCGACACCAACAGAGAGAAUACUUAAAGCCAGAGUUGACGCUCUACUUCAAGUCUCGAUUCAGAGUCCAGCAUUCACCACGCAAAUCACUCAUACUCUCAACAUAAUCUCUCUGCAAAUUAUUUCUAGCUUUGAAUCAUCAUUUUGAAGGUCUAGUACCAAUAUGAGCGGUCCACAAUCCACAAUUCGCGUUGCAAUUGUCGGCGGCGGCAUAGGAGCGGCAGCUCUUUUGCGAGGGCUCCUGCGACACUCACAUAUUGCCGCCGAUAUCUACGAAUCACGUCCUGCGUUCAAAGAUGAAGGCCACAUCAUCGCUUUAACGUCCGCCGCUGAAGAUAUUUUGCUCAGGCUGGACCCUUCGUUAGAUGACUGCCUCAGCCGAGCAGAGGCAGUCUAUACCACCACAGAAUUCCGGAUCGCUUCUGGUCCAUAUGCAGGACAAUUGGUCGACUCUGGGUCGAUGCAUAACUACAGAGAAAAGAUGGUUGAUCCUCAGAAGCUUUUAGACGAAUUACUAAGAGGGACACCACCGCGCAUGAUCCACGCCAACUCUCGCAUAUCCUCCAUCACCGAGGCAUCACCCGGGGGCGGCGUAAUCCUCAACUUUGUGGGUGGCGCACAGAAAAAAUACGACAUCGUCGUAGGUGCUGACGGCGUGUUCGGAAGUACUAGAGAGUUCGUCCUAGGGCCCGACGAUCCUGCUCUGCGGCCGCAGUACACGGGAGUUUGGAGAUUACCAAUCAGAGUCCCCUACAAAAAAGCGUUGGAGUUCUUAGGACCUGAGUUCCUCGACCCGAAUAGACCGUGCCAAACGUCGUGGAUAGGUGACGGUGUCUUCCUGCAGCUUGACUUCAUGGGCCCGGAAAAAGACGUUCAUAUCGCGGCUUAUGCCGUCAACAGCGGCUAUUCCCCUGAGGGCUGGGCAAGCUUGCUCACGCCGGAAGAGUUUGGGGCGGUUUUUGCGGGUGUUCCGUUGCCGGUUUGCCGCGGUAUAGUAAACUUGAUAAAGAGUUUAUAUACGGUCCAAAUAGCUGGCAUCUCUUAUAUGCAGCAUAAGCCAGCACGGACCUACGUCACAAACAAUGCAGCCCUGAUAGAUGACGCGGCACAUUCCGUAGUUCUAGUGCAAGGAAUGAAUGCUCUGGUUGCAUUGGAAGAGGCUUAUAUCCUUAGCAUGCUUCUGGGCCGAUUAUCAUCAAGGGCUGCGAUCCCAGCAGCUCUUCAGGCCUUUGAUCAUGUCUGUCGACCCAGAGCUGAAACAGCAGCACGGUCUACUAUUCAGUGCGGGCUGGUAACCAUUGGUAAAGAUCAGGAGGUUGGACUUGAUCCCUACCUCGUUGGUCCUCGCCUCCAGUAUCAUUGGCAUAUCAUCAAGAAUUCCAAGAUCGAGGAGCAGCAAACCGAAGCCAUUCGGGUCAUGGAUCAGCUCUUGAUGCGACAUUAAGACUCAUGGAUGAGUUUUCCUAGAAUUGUUUCGAAUCUUUUAUGUACAGGCAGGAGGCAUUGUUGGGAUAAAUUGCAUUUUGAUUUGGGAUAUCCAUAUUCGCACGGCGCGCAUAGAGUUGGCAUCUCACGAGCUCAUUCACAUCAUAGCAUUCCGGGCGUAGUCCUGCGUUUUCAUCUACUCCUAGAGAAUUUAUAUUUUACUGUCGUC